AUGCUCACACUCAGCUCAACAGUCGGAAAGACAGGCCAUUACUAUCCGUGGGCAGUCCUCAGUGCUCUUCUCACUGCCAUUGGUGCAGGCUUGCUAUCCACUGUUCACGCUCACACAGCUCUCGUGAGACCGAUUAUGUACCAAUUCAUUGCUGGCUUCGGUCGUUGUUGUGGAAUGCAAACUCCCCUGAUUGUUGCCAUCCAAAACGCACUCCCCCCUGAACGUGUCGCAUUAGGAACUUGCCUCGCGGACUUUGGACAAACAUUCGGAGGAUCGCUCUUCUUAAAUUUUGCCAACCUUGAUUUUGAUGAUGGCCUUAAAAAGGUCUCCACAAAGGCAGUGAUUUCAGGAGGAGCAACAUCGUUCAGAAAUGUCGUCAGCAGCCAGGAACUUCCAGGGGUGUUGAGCGCUUACAGCACAGCAACCGGUCAAACCUUCUAUUUAUCAGUGGGCGCUUCGGCGGCUACAUUCUUUUUUACAUUUGGGAUGGGCUGGCAGAAGAUCAAAACAAAAAGAGAUGCUCAGGUUGAGAAUGAGACCAAUGUUGAGUCUGGUACUUGGCAUAGCUGGGUCAUCUUCAAUAAUUCAUUGUACUCAUACUUUCAGAUAUACCCCUAG